AGUCCCCGACCCGCUCGGUGGUACUCGAAAACACAAAAAAGGGCGGGAGACGGGAACAUACACAUCUAGUUUUGAAGCAUAUCACUUCACACCGGCACCCUUUUCUUUCAAGCAAUUCAUCGAACGCUUUGAUUGCAAUGGCGUCAAUUGGAGUUCGGCACCUCACCGUUCUUGGAGAGUUCAAGCCCUUCGGUCUCAUCGCUGAAGCUCUCGACGGCAAACCUGCCGACGAGGUCACUGACGAGUAUGAGUACUUCCUAUUUGAUCCAGAAGUUACCAGACAGCGAGACGAGGCCGAGAUAGAUGAUAAUGAAGCGUCUUCUUCUUUGAGUGAUCGAAGCGAUCACGAGCUUUUCAUCAGAGGAAAUCGGAUAGUAUGGACAAUAGGAGCAAGAGUGUACAAGAGAUUCACAUUACCGGCGCCAGUUAUCAUGGCCUGCUGGUGUCGCAUGGGAGACAUGUCUGAAGCUUUUCUUUGUGUUCUACAAGUAGAUAGUUUGACCAUCUACAACACAUCAGGCGAUGUGGUAUCUAUCCCUCUUCCUCAUGCUGUCACAUCAAUAUGGCCUCUUCCAUCUGGUUUACUUCUCCAACAGACACAUGAAUCAAAUUCAUUAACACAUUCUCGUUUUUCGUCUACGAGCCCGUUACUGACUGUCCAUGAUAUACCACGCUCAAAAAAAGAUAUGGGUUACAGUCCUCAGCAAACUGUUAAUUUGAGAAGUUCAUGGGAUCAUAUGGUUAAAGUAGAUGGAGCUUCAACGUCUUCACAUCUGAUUUUAAAGGAUCCACUGGAAGAACCACAGCCAAUCCAUAUCGAGGAAAGAGGGAAGUUAAACACCAUGAAGGAAUUUGAUGAGAAGACAAUAUGGACUAGCGAUCUUAUUCCGCUUAUGGCAUCAUAUCAUAAAGGAAAGAUGCAACAUUCGCUAUGGACUGCAGAAGUGAUUAAUUCCAACCUUGAAGCGGCAGAUUCUGUACUUCCUGAUGUUAUGCUAUCUAAGAAGUUCUUUUUUCGAAGAAUAUGGCAAGGGAAAGGUGCACAGGCAGCUGCAAGUGAGGUCUUUUUGGCAACAGAUAAUGAUGCCACUCCAAUUAUUUGUUUCCUUCUUCAAGAACAAAAGAAGUUGCUAGCAGUGAGGCUUCAGUGUGUCGAACUGAAUAAUGAGAUCCUCUAUGACAUUAGACCUGACAUGAGCUGGAGCAUACCGGCCAUUACAGCAGCACCUGUUGUUGUAACUCGCCCAAGAGUCAAAGUUGGACAGCUGCCAUAUAGAGAUAUUAUUGUUUUGGCUCCUGAAAACACUCUUGUACUUUAUUCAGGGAAGCAAUGCCUGUGUAGAUACGUCCUUCCUCCUUUUCAAGGAGACAAUGCUGUUUCACAUAAUGUUAAGCCACUGGAAGCACCAACUGUAUUUCAAGAUGUAAACAUUAUUGGGUUGGCUGAUGCUGUUGAAGGAAGAAUCAAUGUCGUUGUAAAUAAUGGACAGAUGUUCAGAUGUACGUUUCGUAGAUAUCCUUCAUCAUCAUUAGCAAAUGAUUGCAUCACAGCAAUGGCUGAGGGACUUGAAGCUAAUUUAUAUAAUCGUUUUGUGGUUCUUCUUUGGGGCAAUGGCAAUUCAGCUUAUUUAUCUAGGGUGGAUUCUCCUGUUGAUUCUGAAUGGGAGUCUUUCUCUGCUGUUAUAUUAGAAAUUUUUGGGAAAUAUAGGAAAAUCCCUCAAAGACAUUCAAGUUCAGUUUCAGGUUCAUCAUGGGAGUUUCUUGUCAAUAGCAGCUUUCACGAGAAAUAUUCUAAAUCUCAUUUCAUGAGUGGAUUUUCUUCUAGAAUGUCACUUCAAAAUAAUGAAUCAUGUUCUACUUCAUAUGGAACGUGUUCUCUGCAGCUGGAUACGUCCUAUUCAUUUGAAUCCUUGAUAGAGAUUCUUGAUUUACUACAUGCAGUGUAUGAAAGUCUGAAACUUAAUCAUCUUCGUAAAAGGGAUUUAGGUCUUCUUGUUGCUCUAUUAUGUGAAGUUUCAAAUUUUUUGGGAGAAGCUGGUUAUCUGGACGUUUAUAUACGCGACUUUCCUGCACUUUCAAGGAAGUACUGUAUUGACGAAACUCCGCUAUCUCAAAGAACUCCUCCCAGUUUGUUUAGGUGGCUCGAGAACUGCUUGCGAUAUGGAUGUACUUUUGCCAGCACUGCUGAUCUUCCAGCUCUCAUGCGUGAGGAUGGAAAUUCUGUUGUGAGCUGGGCCAGGAAGAUAGUAUCAUUUUAUAGUGUGUUAUKUGGUGCAAAACUUUUAGGAAAGAAGCUGUCAUCUGAUGUUUAUUGCAAGUUUGCUACUGGAUCAGCUUCCACUCCUGAGGAGCUAACGGUACUGGCAAUGGUGGGAGAAAGUUUUGGAUUGCAACAACUAGACUUGCUGCCUGCUGGUGUAUCGCUUCCCUUGCGACAUGUACUGGACAAAUGCCGGGAGUGUCCACCUUCUGAUUGGCCUGCUUCUGCAUAUGUUCUUCUUGGAAGGGAAGACCUAUCUUUGUCUUGUUUAGCACACUCAAAUAAGUUCACUGAAGUUAAGUCCUCCAACAAUGUGACUUCUGUUUCCAUGUCUACACCUUACAUGCUACAUCUACAUCCAGUUACUAUUCCUUCUUCAAUUACUGAUGCGACUGGGUUGGAUAAUUCCAAGCUUGAGGAUACCGAUUCCAUGGAUGGUUCUACAAUCGAUGGCAUGGAGCAUAUUUUCAACUCUAGCACACAGUUGCGGUAUGGUCGCGAUCUGCGACUUAACGAGGUUAGACGCCUUCUGUGCUCGGCAAGACCUGUGGCAAUUCAAACACCAGUUAAUCCUACUGCAUCUGAUCAGGACCUCCAACAGGCUCAGCUAUGGCAGCUUGCUCAAAGGACAACUGCUCUUCCUGUUGGCCGUGGUGCAUUUACCCUUUCAACCACAUGCACUUUGUUAACAGAGGCACUUCCUGUCCCAAAAUUGAUAUUAGCAGGCCGGUUGCCUGCCCAACAAAAUGCAACUGUUAAUUUGGAUCCAAGUAUAAGGAAUAUACAGGAACUCAAAUCUUGGCCCGAGUUUCACAAUGCCGUAGCUGCUGGAUUACGGAUGGCGCCUCUCCAGGGAAAAAUGUCAAGAACUUGGAUCAUCUACAAUAAACCCGAGGAACCAAAUGUUACUCAUGCAGGUCUUUUACUUGCGCUGGGGUUGCACGGUCAUUUGGAUGUUCUGAAUAUAACUGAUAUAUAUCAAUACUAUUCUCAGGAACAUGAAAGCACUACAGUAGGACUAAUGCUUGGACUUGCUGCAUCUUAUAGAGGAACAAUGCAGCCGGCAAUAUCAAAGUCUCUAUAUGUACACAUACCAGCUCGCCAUCCAUCUUCCUUCCCAGAACUGGAAUUACCAACCCUUUUGCAGUCUGCAGCGCUUGUCUCAGUUGGGCUUCUUUAUGAAGGAUCUGCACACCCACAAACGAUGCAAAUUCUUCUGGGUGAGAUAGGUCGUAGAAGUGGAGGUGAUAAUGUACUUGAAAGGGAAGGAUAUGCUGUAUCUGCUGGAUUUUCCUUGGGACUUGUUGCUUUGGGUCGUGGUCUAGAUGCAAUUGGUUUUAUGGACACGUUAGUGGAGCGGUUGUUCCAAUAUGCCGGCGGCAAAGAGAUUCACAAUGAAAGGUCCAUUUUCUCCAACACAUCGAUAGAUGAUCACAAUCGUGGUUCUGGGCAGAUGAUGGAUGGAACACAGAUCAACAUUGAUGUAACUGCACCCGGGGCUAUAAUUGCUUUGGGUCUUAUGUACUUAAAGACUGAAUCACAAGCAAUUCUAUCCAAGCUUUGUAUCCCACAAACACAUUUUGAUUUGCAAUAUGUGAGGCCCGACUUCAUAAUGCUUCAUGUCAUUUCCCGUAAUUUGAUAAUGUGGAGCAGGAUUCAUCCAUCAGAAGAUUGGAUUCAGGGUCAGAUACCCAAUGUAGUCUUAGGUGGCGUCAAAGGUCUCAAAGAUGAAAUGGGUGAUUCUGAUGAAAUGGACUGUGAAGCAGUUGUUAAGGCCUAUGUGAAUAUUGUGGCUGGUGCAUGUAUUUCACUUGGGUUGAGAUUUGCUGGUACCAAAGAUGGAAGUGCCCAGCACUUGCUUUAUAGUUAUGCUGUUGCCUUCCUUAAUGAGAUAAAGCCUCUAUCUGUUAAAAUUUUGCAUGGAUUUCCAAGAGGAUUGUUGCAGUAUGUUGAUAGGGGUACACUAGAAACAUGCCUCCACCUGAUUGCUCUUUCCUUGUCUGUGGUUAUGGCUGGUUCCGGUCACCUACCAACUUUUCGAUUAUUGAGAUUUCUCCGCUGUAGAAAUUCAGCUGAUGGACACGUCAACUAUGGUACUCAAAUGGCUGUGAGCUUAGCUAUUGGUUUCUUGUUCCUUGGUGGUGGAAUGAGGACUUUCUCAACUAGCAACAGCUCUGUUGCUGCAUUGUUGAUAACUCUCUACCCACGCUUACCUACUGGACCAAAUGACAAUCGCUGCCACCUUCAGGCAUUUCGACAUUUGUAUGUUAUUGCUACGGAAGCUCGCUGGGUUCAAACAGUUGACGUGGAUACUGGCCUACCAGUUUAUGCUCCUCUUGAAGUUACAGUUAAGGAAACUGAGCAUUAUGCAGAAACAAGUUUUUGUGAGGUCACUCCUUGCAUUCUGCCUGAACGUGCUCUUUUAAAAACGGUUCGAGUGUGCGGUCCUCGUUACUGGCCUCAAGUAAUUGAACUUAAUCCUGAAGAGAAACCUUGGUGGUAUGCUGGGGACAAGAACGAUCCAUUUAAUUCUGGUAUCCUCUAUAUCAAACGUAAAGUAGGAGCUUGUUCAUAUGUGGAUGACCCUAUAGGGCGCCAGUCUCUUCUUUCAAGGGCAAUGCACAAGGUGUUUGGUUUGGCAAGCUUGAGAGCCUGUACUCCUAGCAAUAAUGAUGGUGAUGCUGCAGUAACUGUUAAUCAGUUGGUCAGUACCUUCUCAUCAGAUCCAAGCUUGAUUGCUUUCGGUGCUCUAUGCUCUGAUCAAUCAUGGAACAUCAAAUCCGAUACUGAUUUCCAAGAGUUCUGCUUGCAAGUGCUAUUCGAGUGUGUGAGCAAGGACAGGCCAGCACUUUUACAGGUCUACUUGUCAUUGUACACUACUGUUGCAUCUAUGGCAGAUCAAGUUGUCAGUGGUAUACCGGUCCCAUACGAUUCUCAAUUUCUCCCCAGUUUGAAGCUUGCACUAGCCUACAAUGAUGCUCUUUUGAAGGGAAAACUGACGAGUUCAAGAGGUGGGAUUGUUCAAUCUACAUUUCUAGGUUCUCUCAACAGACGGGUAGAAGAGCUUCUAGUGUUUUCUCCAUCGUUGAAGACCCACAUCCAUGAUUACGUUAAAUCAGGGAAAUGGUCAGAGGAUGAUAACUCCUGUACACUUCUCUCCUGGUAUCUCCAGUGGUAUGGUGUACCAGCACCCUCACUAGUUCAAGCUGGUAUACAGAAAAUAAGUUCCUUGAACCUACCCUCUUCAAUCCCCCUAUUACGGCUGUUGUUUCCUGGUACCCACAUCAAUGCAAUUAAUGAAAUCGAUCAUUUUUUGCGCUCUUCUUCCGAGUCUAGUAGAUGAACUUAUCUGGUAUAACUUUGUUUUGAGAAGGCUAGUAUGGUGCACCAGGUGGUUCAGUGUACUCUUCCUGGCUAUAUAUCAAGUGGAUGGUGUUUAACCGCACAGUGGACUAUUGUGAACUUGAAGGCUUGCUAUGAACCAAGGAUGGUUGGAGAGGUUGCCACCAGUGUCAGGAUCAUGUCUCAACUUGAUUGGGUUUUGGUUGCCAGCUUUGUUGUUUGUAUAACUAAGCGCUGGUUCAUGCCAUGCCCAGUGGGUGUGGUUAUGGGUGGCUCAUUGCUACUAAGCCUGGCUUUCCCCAUAUAUAUUUAUGGGAUGACUAAAUUAUGUUCAUCUCUAAACAAUUGUUGUAUCAGUGUUAAAUGUAACAUUGGAACUCUGUUAGCAUAGCUAAAAUCCAAUA